AUGGCUUUAAUAUUCUCCCUACGCCAUCCUUCCCAGAUAGGAUUACGCAGUGUCCCAAAUGCCAGACAACACUCACAGAUCUUUAUCAUGGAGUAUGGGACUGCCCAUUCACUGCAGACUAUUGGCAUAGAGUGUGUUCCUAUAUUAAAGACCAUUGGAAGGUUGGAUGUGGAGAGGAAUAGGGACUUGGACACAAAGAGAUUUUUCAAGAAAUGGCAUUCAUUUAUUGUAUCUCACUUUGAAAAAUUUGCUGAGGUCAUACAUUUGACAGCUUGGCAUCAAAUCAGAACUGGUGGCUUUAGAAAAUCCCAGGGGCGUUCCUGGAGCUCCCUUAGGUUAGGACUGCCUCUUUCUGCCCUACCUCACUCCCAUUUAAAGCUCAGUGGGGCUUUUGAUGAAAACGUGUCUGCAAAUAGUCAUUCAAGCAACAAGAUGAACACCAUUCUGGCUUGCCAAGACCAGUACUUUGCAGGGGGUCAGGGCUAUGAUUGCCCCUACUUCUCAUCAACGUCAGAGACCAGUGUUGAUGUUACCAAGGAUACUUGGGUCUCUCUCUGGGCUUCUGGUCUCCUGGACAACAGAUCAAGCAACCAAGGUCCACAAUCCCACAGGCAGUCAUAUGUGGGGAGCUCCCUUCAAGAUGAUUACCUCUGGGGGGAUCAGCUGUCUGGUCAGAUGUUCACAAACAAACAGCUCCAGGAUACUCUUGUGCAAAGGGAAGAGGAGCUGGCGCGGUUACACGAGGAGAACAACAAGUUAAAGCAAUACCUGAACUCCACAUUUGUCAAGUGCUUGGAAGAAAAAACUAAGAAACUGCUGUCCAGAAGUGGUCUUGGAGCUCCCCUAAAGAGAAAAUGCAGAGUCAGCAGCCUUGCUUCCCCUGAGACCUCAGCUAAGAAGGCAAAAAGAAAUCUUUUUAGCAACUUCCCUGCCUGUGAGGAGCAAUCCAGCCCUUGUGUAGACAAGUGGGUUUUGCAAACUCUUGGACUGAAAGAUGUUGACACCAUCGAUGAUUCUGCCACAGCUAACUACAGUGCCAUAUCUACAGAACUUCUCGAUAGCCUGCCAGGAACAAGCUAUGGCAAUACACAGGAAUCCCCAUCAUCUGGAUACAACACAAUCCUCAUGACCCCUGUUCAUAGCCAAGCUGGGAGUUCUGGCUGCCAAGACUCUCCUUGCAUGCCAGACUACUCUCCUUCUUCUACUUCCAGCUCUUCUUCUCUGAGAAGCAGUGAGCCAGAGAGUCCUUUUGGAUCCCCAAUCUACUACACUCCUGAAGUUUCUCCCAACAAAACAGACGUUGCCUUCUCCACAUCUCUGAACCCCCAUUGUAAUGUGAAGACCCACAGCUUCUCCAAUGGCCAGGCAUUCGUUCGAAGGGACAGUGAAGGAGGCUGGAAGUUUACAUGGGUGCCUAAACAGUCUGAAUAAAGCCACUGGGCAUGAUGACUUUGUCUUGGAAGUUUACAGAACAUUUUGCACUUGUCAUGAGAACCUAUGAAGACUUCCUCCGGACUCCAACGUGAUACAAUCCUUGGCCUCAGUCUAUUCAGCUUUUAGACUGUGUGCUAGUACGGUACUGUGGGGAGUUUCUUUCGUUUACAUGUAAAUGUAUAUAUGUAGGAUAUUUUUUCCAUGAAAAAGAAUAGUAUUUGCCAACAGUAUUUAUUUCUGUUGGGUUUCAAGUGCAAUUAAUGCCAGUGCAGUUCUAAUGAUUUAGUUCUGGGUUUGCACCUGUUUGUUUUGCUGCCUAUAUGUGACCACUGCCUUGUUUUUAUGGGACUCUUAAUAUGAAUUAGUACUAUAAGCCUGACUCAUAACAACACUGACUUCCAGCUCCAUUUGUGCCAAUCUAUGUACCCUACUCACUGCCAGGCUGGAUAGCAGAGAUGUGCUUUAAGACAGGAGAAAGGGUCCUUUGUUUUCAUGACCUAUGAUUAACCGGGUGAAUCCCCCCUUUAACAUGAAUCGGCAAUAAUUGUAUCAAGGCUAUUUAUUUCCUGUUUAUUGCAUUAAUAAGGACAAUCACUGUGUUUAAUCUUGUAUGAAUAAAUCAUAAA